AUGACGAAAAUCCUCAAGAAAAUCAAAGGAGGAAGCUUUUGGAUAGACGUGGACGAAGGAAUGGCAUACGUAACGGGUCAAGGAGACCCAAACAAGCUAUUGAAAUUGAUGGCUUCAGGGAGAGGCAAAGACGCUGAAAUGGCCUUUGUGAAAACCGGAAUACAUCAUCAUUCCAAUUUUGGCAAUAACUAUCAAAACUCUUACUUUGGCCAAACAACGCCUUACUGGCCGGUUGGUAUGAAUUUGAGCUACCAUCCAUCUUCGUCUUACGGUUACUACCCUUCAGGGCUGCCAGCGAUGCAACCUUACCAGCAUCAAUACCCUUAUCAGGCUGGAUGUGGUUAUAGUUACUAUUAG